AUGUUCUCUCGUCGGAUGAAAAUGUUACGCGGGCAUGCGGCGCCACAAGCUGCAGAGCAACUCACACACGUGGAUGCCGCCGUAGAUCUUCCAGUUGUGGUUGAUUCAGACGAUGACGGAUUAGUCUCCCAUGGACUAGAGAAUAUUAGGAGAGGCAAUUUCGGAAACGCGCCGUACACAUCUCGAAAAUCGACCUUGACUCCGCAUACCCCUAAGCAAGUGGAAUCGGGCUGUCGUAAGGGCUCUUAA